CCGGGCCCCGUUCCCGGUUGGGCGGAGCGCGCCGGAAGUGCCGCCAGCGGCGCCAACCGGGACCGGAGCGGGGCGGGAGGAGCGGGAUGAGCAAAGGGCGCGAGGCCGCGGCGGGCGGAGGCUCCGCCUCCGCCGUCCUGCUGCGGUACCUGCGGGAGCAGAACCGUCCGUACAGCGCCCAGGACGCCUUCGGGAACCUGCAGCGGGAGCACGGGCUGGGCAAGACGGCCGUGGUGAAGGCGCUGGAGCAGCUGGCGCAGCAGGGCCGCGUUCGCGAGAAGGCCUACGGGAAGCAGAAGAUCUACUUCGCCGACCAGGAGCAGCUCCCGGCCGCCAGCGAUGCCGAGCUCCGCGGGCUGGACGGGGAGAUCGCCGCCCGCUCCGCACAGCUGCAGGCGCUGCAGCAGAGCUGCCGGCACAUGGAGGCGGAGCUCAAGGACCUGAACAGCUCCAUGACAACCCCCGAGAUGGUCAAGGAGAUCGAGGCGCUGAGGAAGGACUGUGCCAAUUACACGGAGAAACUGGAGAGGAUUAAAUCUGCCACCAACCAUGUGACUCCGGAGGAAAAGGAGAAGGUGUGCCAGGAGCAGCAGCUGUACCGCCGGGAGUGGCGCCGGAGGAAGCGGAUGGCCACCGAGCUGCUGGACGCCAUCCUGGAGGGGUACCCCAAGAGCAAGAAGCAAUUCUUCGAGGAAGUCGGGAUAGAGACGGAUGAGGAGCACGGCGUGGUGCUGCCAGCGGCCCUGUGAGGGGCUGGGGGAGCCUUUGCCCCGGGGAGAAGCUGCUGCUGUGGAGCUGUUGCUGAAACUCGGCUGUUGGGUUGUUCUGCUUCUCUUUUUGCAGGACUUUGCAGGGCUCGUCCCAUGUGUUUAAAAUUCUUUUGCAGUUGGAAGGGUGGUAGGUGGGAGAGACUUGGCACUGGCCCUCUCCUUGCAGAGGGAUGUUGUUUCUUCCUGCCCCUCAGCACAGGGAGCUGCCAAACUGGGGUCCAGUGGGGCUGAGGGGAGGUGUGGGGGCACUGGUGCUCCGGUAAGGAAAGAGAGUGAGGGACUGUCAGGGCUGCAGAGCUCCGUGUGUGAUCCAGCCCCUUCUUGCCCCGUGCCUGAGUGGUCACCCAAGAAUAUGAUCCAUUAAACACCAGAAUUUUGGUUCA